UAUGGGGUUCUAUGGGUUCUAUGGGUUUCUAUGGGGUUCUAUGGGGUCCCAUUGGGUUCUAUGGGGUUCUAUGGGAGUUCUAUGCGGUUCUAUGGGGUUCCUAUGGGGUUCUAUGGGGUUCUAUGGCGUUCUAUGGGGGUUCUAUAGGAGUUCUAUGCGGUUCUAUGGGGUUCUAUGGGGUUCUAUGGGGUUCUAUAGGGGUUCUAUGGGGGUCCCAUUGGGUUCUAUGCAGUUCUAUGGGGUCCCAUUGGGUUCUAUGGGGUUCUAUGGGGUUUCUGUGGGGGUUCUAUGGGGUUCCUAUGGGGUCCCCUAUGGGGUCCCUAUGGGUUCCUAUGGGGUUUUAAUGGAGUUUCUAUGGGGUUUCUAUGGGGUUCCUAUGGGGUUCUAUGGGGUUCUAUGGGGUGCUAUGGGUUUCCAUGGGGUACUAUGGGGUUCUAUGGGGUUCUAUAGGGGUUCUAUGGGGUUCCAUGGGGGUUCUAUGGGGUUCCUAUGGGGUUCCUAUGGGGUUCUAUGAAGUUCUAUGGGUUUCCAUGGGGUGCUAUGGGGUUCUAUGGGGUUCUAUGGGGUUCUAUGGGGUCCCAUUGGGUUCUAUGCAUUUCUAUGGCGUUCUAUGGGGUUCUAUGGGGUUCUAUGGGGUUCUAUGGGGUUCUAUGGGGUUCUAUGGGGUUCUAUGGCGUUCUAUAGGGGUUCUAUGGGUUCUAUGGGGUCCCAUUGGGUUCUAUGGCGUUCUAUAGGGCUUCUAUGGGGUCCCAUUGGAUUCGAUGGCGUUCUAUAGGGGUUCUAUGGUGUCCCAUUGGGUUCUAUGGCGUUCUAUGGGGUUUUAUGGCGUUCUAUAGGGGUUCUAUGGGGUUCUAUGGGGUUCUAUGGGGUUUCUGUGGGGUCCCUAUGGGGUCCCUAUGGGUUCCUAUGGGGUUUUAAUGGAGUUUGUAUGGGGUUUCUAUGGGGUCCCUAUGGGUUUCUAUGGGGUUCCAUGGGGUUCUAUGGGGUUCCUAUGGGGUUCUAUGGCGUUCUAUGGGGUCCCAUUGGGUUCUAUAGGGUUCUAUGGAGUUUCUAUGGGGUUUCUAUGGGGUCCCUAUGGGGUUCUAUGGGGUUCCAUGGGGGUUCCUAUGGGGUUCCUAUGGGGUUCUAUGGGGUGCUAUGGGUUUCCAUGGGGUGCUAUGGGGUUCUAUGGGGUUCUAUGGGGUUCUAUGGGGUCCCAUUGAGUUCUAUGCAGUUCUAUGGGGUUCUAUGGGGUUCUAUGGGGUUCUAUGGGGUCCCAUUGGGUUCUAUGCAGUUCUAUGGCGUUCUAUGGGGUUCUAUGGGGUUCUAUGGGGUUCUAUAGGGGUUCUAUGGGGUCCCAUUGGGUUCUAUGGCGUUCUAUGGGGUUCUAUGGCGUUCUAUAGGGGUUCUAUGGGUUCUAUGGGGUCCCAUUGGGUUCUAUGCAGUUCUAUGGGGUCCAUUGGGUUCUAUGGGGUUCUAUGGGGUUUCUGUGGGGGUUCUAUGGUGUCCCUAUGGGGUCCCUAUGGGGUCCCUAUGGGUUCCUAUGGGGUUUUCUAUGGGGUUUCUAUGGGGUCCCUAUGGGGUUCUAUGGAGUUCUAAGGGGUUCUAUGAGAUUCAAUGGGAUUCUGUGGGGUUCUAUGGGGUUUCUAUGGGGUUCUAUGGGGUUCCUAUGGGAUCUGUGGGAGUUCUAUGCGGUUCUAGGGGGUUCUAUGUGUUCUAUGGGGUUCCUAUGGGGUUCUAUGGGGGUUCGAUGGGGUUCUAUGGAGUUCUAUGGGGGUUCUAUAAGGUUCUAUGGGGUGGUGGGGUUUCUAUGGGGUUUUAUGGGGUUCUAUGGGGUUCCUAUGGGGUUCUGUGGGGUUCUGUGGGGUUUCUGUGGGGUUCUAUGGAUUUCUGUGGGGUUCUGUGGGGUUCUAUGGGUUCCUAUGCGGUUCUAUGGGGUUUCUAUGGGGUUUCUUUGGGGUUCUAUGGGGUGUGCUAUGGGGGGUUCUAUGGGUUCUAUGGGGUUCUAUGGGGUUCUGUGGUGUUCUAUGGGGUUCUAUGGGGUAUUAUGCGGUUCGAUGAGUUUUAUGGGGUUCUAUGGGGGUCCCUAUGGGGUUUGAUGGGGUUCUAUGAAGUUCUAUGGGGGUUCUAUGGGGUUCUAUGGGGUGGUGGGGUUUCUAUGGGAUUUGAUGGGGUUCUAUGGGGUUCUAUGGGUCCCAUUGGGUUCUAUGGGGUUCUAUGGGGAUCUAUGGGGUUCUAUGGGGGUUCUACGGGUUUCUGCGGGGUUCAGUGGGGGUUCUAUGGGUUCUAUGGGGUUCUAUAAAGGUUCUAUGGGGUUCUGUGGGGUUCUGUGGGGUUCUAUGGGUUCUAUUGGGUUCUAUGGGGUUUCUAUGGGUUUCAUAUGGGUUUCUGAGGGGUUCUGUGGGUUCUAUGGAGUUCUAUGGGGUACUAUGGGUUCUGUGGGGUUCUGUGGGUUCUGUGGUGUUCUAUGGGGUUCUAUGGGGGAUCUAUGGGUUUCUAUGGGCUUCUAUGGGGUUCAAUGGAUUCUAUGGGGUUCUAUGGAUUCUAUGGGCUUCUAUGGGGUUCUAUGGGUUCUAUGGGGUUUCUGUGGGGUUCUGUGCGAUUCUAUGGGGGUUCUAUGGGUUCCUAUGGGGUCCUAUGGGAUUUUGUGGGGGUUCUGUGGGGUUCCAUUGGAGGUUCUGUGGGCUCAUGGGAUUCUAUGGGGUUUCUAUGGGGUUUCUAUGGGGUUCUAUGGGGUCCCAUUGGCUUCUAUGGGGUUUCUAUGGGGUUCUAUGGGGUUCCUAUGGGGUCCCUGUGGGUUCUAUGGGGGUUCUAUGGGGAUCUAUGGGGUUCUAUGGGGAUCUAUGGGGUUCUGUGGGGUUCUAUGCAGUUCUAUGGGGUUUCUAUGGGGUUCUCUGGGGUUCUAUGGGGUUCUAUGGGGUUCUAUGGGGUUCUAUGGGGGUUCUAUGGGGUUCUAUGGGGUUCUGUGGGGGUUCUAUGGGGUUCUAUGGGGGUUCUAUGGGAUUUUACAGGGUUCCAUGGGUUCUAUAGGGUUUCUAUGGUGUCCCUAUGGGGUUCCUAUG